AUGUCGACUGCACCAAAAUGGCAACGGGAGUUUGUGGAUGCAUGGACGCAUUAUGUCAUAAGGAACGCAUUCAAAAAUGGAACAAGUUAUUUGGUAAGUACAGUUAAACGCAGCAUCGACAGUGAAGUAAUGCUAGAUUUGGGAAGAAAAAUAUCCGAGGAGGUCGAUAGAAUCUUCGAUGAGUUAACCGAGGUAAUUGGCCAGAGUAACAAUGCGAACAGUGUCAUUUGUGGGGAUUUGUAUUACCAGGUUAGAACAUGCUUAAGAAGAUGUCAAGGCAUUGUAAGUAUUUUACUAUACAUGAGGGGUUAUGGAUAUACCGCGCAAAAAUGGGUCAAGGCGAACUUUACGAAAAGGAGUGCAGAAGGGUUUAGGAAAUAUUUGGAAUGUAUAUUAGCGAAGGAAGCUAUAAUACAACUCUAUGGCGGGAGUAAGGAACAUCUGGAAAUAAUUCAGGAAAUUUCGGACACAUUAACAAAUGGAGGUACUGCGUGGACAGAGAUGUAUGCAGAUGAAAUAUGUAAAGGACAGGAUUAUGGUAAAUUCAUAUUCGGGUCAGGAAUUCUGGAGGAAAGCAUAAGAAACCGCCUGGAAGAAUUAGAGAGCGGUUGGGCAGGGAGAAGACAGAAGGGUAAACAUGGAGGAUCCGGAAAAUGUACAUGGAAUGAUGCAGAGCACCGAGAGCAGGAACAGGAACCGAAAAGUAAUAGUAGCUGUGGUCAACGACUGAAGAAGAAGGGGGAAGAGGAUAAAGAUACGAAGGAAGUAAUGGAAUUAAUUAAAGUAAAUGAGACCAGAUUGUCGCUGCAUCUUCAGCGAAUAAUAAAGAAUAGUUUGGAACCACGAGUAAGGUGUAAAGUACAGACGGAAAUUAAAACGAAGAUACAACAAGGAGUAAGUGACGUUGGUGCAUCUGUACGAACGGGAAGUACAACACGGACAAAGGGCCCUCCCAGGCAGCAGAAGGGCAAAGACAGCAAAGCACGCGUAGGGGCCGGUAAGAACACAGGAGGAGCAAGGGACGGCGGCAAUCCUGCUAAGGACUCCAAAGCACCUAGACCAAACGAUGCAGCGGAGACCCAGGCGGUCAAACCAGCAUCCGCCAAAGCAGCACCCACCAAACCAGUAGCGGCGAACCCAAAUGCGGCCGCGGGGAAACCACCGGUAGGAACGAAACCGGAGAACACGAAGACGGCGGGAUCAACGAAGAUUGUAGUAAGGACGACGACACGGCGGAUGCGCGCCUUGUGCAUGCUAAUCCCUUCGCGACCGUAA